UUUAAUUUGUUGAACUCACACCCAAAUAUGAAAAUGGCUGUGCAAUUUGUAAUGCGAAUUACUAUUUUAAUUCUGCUGACAUAUGAAUUAGCGGAAGCAGAAGCGGAAGCAGCACCUAUUGCAAAACCCGAUUGUUAUAGUAGUUGUGGAAAUCUUGAAAUUCCAUACCCGUUUGGAAUCGGACCUCAUUGCUACAUGGACAAGAUGUUCGAAGUUGUUUGCAAUGGAACUGGCAGCUCUGUUAAAGCCUUCUUAACUAGUAUUGACAAGGAGGUGCUGCAAAUCAAUAUUAGUAGCGGUGCCUAUAAUUCUUAUCCUACGGUUCAGGUCCAAAUGCCAAUCAUAUAUUCGAAAGGCUGUAGGAGCUCGGGAAGUGGUGCAGCUUUGAACAUUUCAGGAAGUCCCUCUAACUUCUCCUUCGAUUAUAACACAUUCAUUUCUGUUGGCUGCGACAACUUUGCAACAAUAACCGGACUUGGUCCUGUGGUUUUUGGGUGCAAAUCGCAUUGCAAUAAAAGCAAGAUUAUCGUAGGAACUAGAUGCUCCGGUUUCAACUGCUGCGAGUCAGACUAUUUUCCUUCAAACCAGCAAGAAUUUCAUGUAGAAUUCAGAAGUAUCAAUGAAUCAAAAGUAACGGAGGAAGAAGAGUGCAAGUAUGCUUUCCUAAUGGACCAAAAUUGGUUAGAGUCAAACAAACCAGAUCCCUCUUCUGUGCAAUACUGGGAAACCGUUCCUGUAGUGCUGGAAUGGGCGAUAUCAGUGCGGACCAAUGUCUCCCGGAACAUGUUUAAAUCCCUCAAGAAACGACACGAUGUCAGGUGUUCUUUCUCAGACGAGGACAAGGACUUCGACAGCUUUACUUGCGAAUGUGCUUACGGAUACCAAGGAAAUCCUUACCCUCCCAGGGGAUGUCAACCUACAAAUGGAUGCGACUCCAAGAAUGCAAAAGGCAGUUUCAAGUGCAACUUUCGAUCUCGAUCUCGAUCUCGGCUGAUGUUAGCCAUUAUAGUUAUUUGUCCAAGUUUUGGGCUAUUGUUUCUACUACUCAUUAUUUGGUGGUUAUACAAAGUGAUAAAGAAAAGAAACAAAAUCAUGCUCAAGCAAAAAUUCUUCAAAAGGAAUGGUGGUUUGUUAUUACAACAACGAGAAUCUUUAAAUGAAAACAAUGUUCAGAAGGCAAUAUUAUUCGAUUCAAAGGAGUUGAAAAAUGCAACUGAUCGUUUUAAUGAAAAUAGAAUACUUGGUAAAGGUGGACAAGGUACAGUUUAUAAAGGAAUGUUAACUGAUGGAAGAAUUGUGGCAAUUAAAAGGUGCAACAAAGUGGAUGAGGGAAAUCUUGAACAAUUCGUUAAUGAGAUUAUCAUUCUUUCACAAAUCAAUCAUAGAAAUGUGGUUAAACUACUUGGGUGUUGUCUGGAGAUAGAAGUUCCUUUGUUAGUUUAUGAAUUUGUUCCUAACGGCACACUUUUUCAAUAUCUCCACGAUGAAAAUGAAGAUUUUCCAUUGCUAACAUGGGAUAUGCGCCUAAGAAUUGCCACGGAAAUCGCGGGAGCUCUAUCAUACUUACACUCAGAAGCUUCACUACCCAUUUACCAUCGAGACAUAAAAUCUUCAAACAUACUCCUCGAUGAGAAAUAUAGAGCAAAAGUAGCAGACUUUGGCACUUCAAGAUCAGUGGCCAUUGACCAAACUCAUGUAACCACGCUAAUAUAUGGCACUUUUGGGUAUUUAGAUCCAGAAUACUUUCAAACAAGCCAAUUUACAGAAAAGAGUGAUGUUUAUAGUUUUGGAGUGGUCCUUAUUGAGCUUUUAACAGGAGAAAAACCAGUUUCUUCAACGAGAUCACAAGAACGUCGGAAUCUAUCUACAUAUUUUGUUCAUUCAAUUAAAGAGAAUCGACUCUUUGAUAUACUUGAUACUCAAGUAAGUAAGGUUCGUAAUAAAGAUGAAGUCAUAGCAAUUGCUAACCUUGCAAAAAGAUGUGUGCACUUGCAUGGAAAGAAACGACCUACAAUGAUGGAGAUCAUGAUGGAAUUAGAGGGAGUUCAAAAAGUUUCUACUGCUCAACCAAAUUUUGAAGAACUUGAAUAUGUUAGAAAUGAAGAAAUGGGGCCACAAAAUGACGUUUCAAUUUCAGCCAGUUCAUGCUUAGAAUCAGGUUCAGCUUCAUCAUCCUGGCAAUUUUAUCCAUCUAAUCGGAUUGAUUAAAAACUAUGUACUUAAUCAUCUUUGUUUCAUGUGGUAAACUGUUAUCAAAUCAUAUUCCUAUUUCUAAACUCCUA